AUGCGCCUCGCCUGGACGGCGCUGCUGCUGCUGGGGCCGCUGCGGCUCUGCCCGGGGCUCCGCGGCGCCCCGCCGCCCGCGCCCUCCGCGCCCGCCGCGCCCGCCGCGCCCGCCGCGCCCGCCGCGCCCGCCGCGCCCGCCGCGCCCGCCCCGGCCCCCGCCGCCCCCGCCGCCCCGGGCGCCUGGCGCCAGGCGAUCCGCUGGGAGAACAACGGGCAGGUGUUCCGGCUGCUGAGCGCGGGCCCGCGGUACCGGCCGCCCCGCCGCCGGGGCCCCGCCGCCGCCCGCACGCCCGUCCUGCUGCUGCGCGACAACCGCACGGCCCCGGGCGCGCCCCGCAGCCCGCGCCCCGCGCCCCGCGCCCCGGAGCGCAUGCAGGGCGACGACCCGUACAACCCGUACAAGUACUCGGACGACAACCCCUACUACAACUACUACGACACCUACGAGCGCCCGCGGCCCGCCGGCCGCCCGCGCCCCGGCUACGGCACCGGCUACUUCCAGUACGGUCUCCCGGACCUGGUGCCCGACCCCUACUACAUCCAGGCCUCCACGUACGUGCAGAAGAUGGCCAUGUACAACCUGCGCUGCGCCGCCGAGGAGAACUGCCUGGCCAGCUCGGCCUACAGGGGCGACGUGAGAGACUACGACCACAGGGUGCUGCUCAGGUUCCCCCAGAGAGUGAAAAACCAAGGGACGUCCGACUUCCUCCCCAGCCGCCCGAGAUACUCCUGGGAGUGGCACAGUUGUCACCAACACUACCACAGCAUGGAUGAAUUCAGCCACUACGACCUGCUGGACGCCAACACCCAGAGGAGAGUGGCUGAAGGCCACAAAGCCAGCUUCUGCCUUGAGGACACCUCCUGCGACUAUGGCUACCACAGGCGAUUCGCGUGUACCGCACACACCCAGGGGUUGAGUCCCGGUUGUUACGACACCUAUGCUGCAGACAUAGAUUGCCAGUGGAUUGACAUCACGGAUGUGCAACCCGGGAACUACAUCCUAAAGGUCAGUGUCAACCCCAGCUACCUGGUGCCUGAAUCUGACUACAGUAACAACGUGGUCCGCUGUGACAUUCGCUACACCGGACACCACGCCUACGCCUCGGGCUGCACAAUUUCACCGUAUUAAAAAAAGCAAGCCAGACUCCCAGUGGAUAAUUGAGUGCCUGGUGUUCUGCAGUGGGAGAAAAUAGAUUAGUUUCAGUAGGAUCUACGGGAUUUUGGAAAAGAGGACAGAAACAACAAAGGAAAUUUUAUUUGGACUGUUUUGCAACAAAGCACAUAACUGGAUUUUGAAUAUUUAAAUAAGCAUUCUUCAAAGAGUUUCAAACACUUAUUUCCAUUACUUUGUGAAUAACUCAGUGUUUUGAUUCGGCAAGUGCAUACGCAACUCUCUCAGAAAUCUAAAAUUUCUUCUGCUUCUUUUGAAACUAUACUGCAAAAGGGAAAAACAAUAUCUUAAAGAUAGAGCCAAAGUUAUUUUGAUUAGUCCCUAACAUGCUGAAACUUAAGUGAAACACAAUAAUGUGCUCAUUGGUGUAAUAAUGGGCUCAUGUGUGUCUAAGUGUAGAUUAACUUAGAAAUGAGGCUCUUAGUGUGUAAAUAAUGUUUAAACGGGGACAGAUUUGGUGCUGAGAACGGGAGAAACAUAUGACUAUUGGUAUGAAGAGAUAUUUCUAUAUAGUAGAGAAAUGGUAAUAGAUAUGUUCAAAUAGUUACACCCCUAUAGAAAAAUUAUGUUUACAUUUUAAAAUCAGAUAUCUUCCUUUCGGUCCGGUGCACAGUCUCAUUCUGACUUGAGUCCACUUUCGUUUUGGGAUGCCCAGUUUCUGUCUGAUUCUUGUUGAUCGGUCUCUCUGCUCACUUGUGGGCUUUUUCAUGGGCAGGGGUAUUUCUAGUGGCGCUCUGUGAAUGACCAUUCUCCAGGUUGACAGACAUAGGACCAGCGAGUAGCCGGAAAAGCCAGAGCAUAGGUGUGAUAUCCACAAGCAGCCCGCUUCUAAGCCCAGUGUAGUCUAAGCCCGAGCCGAGUCCUCCUUCGCUCAAAAGUGAUAGCGUCUGUAAAACCAUAACUGCCUGUCAAAGUCUAUAAAGAUCAUGAAAAACACGCUCGGUUUUUCAACUGGUCUACAUUUCUAAUAUCCAGGUGUUGGCAAAGGAAUGCUAAAAACGUUCAAUCAGACUAGACGACAGUUUGCCUAGAAUGCUGCAAUGGUCGCUCGCUCCGGGCUAGCCAGGUUACUCGCUCUGGCUGCGCGGGUUUUUGGGCGUGAAGGAGGAAAGCGGGAAGCGUUGUGAACUUGAGGAGCUGCUGGGUGAGGGAAAGAAAGAGGCCCAGCAAACCUGAGGACUGUACUCCAUGACAAGACGGCUGCGAUCUUAUUUUAAACUGUGAAACGCAAGGGGACCAAAGAUUCUGAAGAACCUGUUAUUGUCCUGAAAUUCAGAGGUGCGGAAAGGAAUCGCAUUUAGACUCUUGACGUUCCUGGUGCUUAUGCAGAAACUUGGCUCCGUUGACCAGUAGUGAGUUGUUGCGUCUUUUGCGUCAGUGCUGCGCAGUUGGCGCCGAUGGCGGAUACCGCGGUGCACUCACGGGUUCCGAGAGGCAGGAUGGAGCGCCGGGCAGAGCACCGGAUCCCGGCCAGCCCGAGGGCUCACUUAGCGGUGAGCACAGGCAGAACUUCCGCUCACCUCUGCCUGAGCUGUGGGGUUGCUUGCUGCAAGCACCUCUUUGCCUUCAAGUGCUUUUUAGUUUUAAGAUUGUAGAAUGAAUCAUUGACAUUAUAAUCUUUCUAAUAGAGAUAUUUCAAUAUACUUGCUGUAAAAAAAAAAACACCCCAAAACUACUGUCAGUAUUAAUAGUAAGCCUGACUGGCACCGUCUUAAGUUCUAUUGUUUCACUAAGAUUUGUAUCCCUAGAAACCAGCCAAUAUCAUGGCCUCUCUCUCUAUGGAAAAUCACAUUUCCAGUCAUUUCAGUGAGGCUUUUCAUCUGAGUGCACCCGUCAUCAGUUGAAGUCCUGUGUAGUGUAAGUCAUUUACUCACACCUUGGACGUUGGGACCUAAGAAAGAACAUCUCUAACUUCAGUAAAUACAACAAAAAACGUCCCGAUGUCCCCAUUGGGUUCAACUCGUUCAUUUUUAACAACAAGAAGUAAGUGUCUACAAAUUUCCAUUUUAAGCUCUUAUUUCUCAUGGCCAUAUUUUAUUUCUCAAAAAUAAACAAAAUUUCAGCCUUCUGCUGUGUAUGAGCAACUCAGGCUUGUGAUGCUAGCUGGUCACGAGCCUCAGACCUGAGGCUCUCAGUUCAAAGCCGGC